GUAUUUUAAGUCAAAUGGUGCGAGAUUAGUGUCCAGUCUGUAAGAUCCACCAUUUCUACUCAUCAUCCGAUUCAGUCGUUUAAACUUUGAUAAGGAACGACAGGAGGGUGGGUUCGAGGGUCGAUCAUGAACGCUGUCGCGCAGUUGCAGAGGCAGUUCGUUGAUUACUUCAAUUCACUAUACAGGGAGGGAGUUGUAGACGAUCAAUUUGCUGAGCUACAGAAGUUGCAAGAUGAAAGCACCCCAGAUUUUGUGGCUGAGGUUGUUACUCUCUUUUUUGAAGAUUGUGAGAAGCUUAUCAACAAUAUGGCUAAAGCUCUAGAUCAGCAGGUAGUGGAUUACAAGCAAGUGGACUCCCAUGUUCAUCAACUGAAGGGUAGCAGCUCCAGUGUAGGUGCCAUGAGGGUGAAGAAUCUGUGCAUUGCCUUCAGAACUCACUGUGAAGCCCAAAACCGUGAUGGGUGCGUACGAUGCCUGCAGCAAGUGAAUAAUGAGUACUUGUUUCUGAAGAACAAGCUUCAAACUUUAUUCAGGCUACAGCAACAGAUCCUUGCUGCUGGUGGGUCAAUUCCUACGAUUGCAUGAGUUGCCGUGAUAACCUAUAUAAAGAUAAAGUUAAAAUGUCAAAGACACAUUUCGAGUUCUUGUAGGUGUAGAUCCAAGCUGGUUUGACUACUGGGAUAUUUUCAUUCGAAUUCUAUGUAAAAGCAUAUCAUAUUUCAUGUACGAUGGGAGAGUACGAAGUGAAUAAAGAACCUCUAAUAUACUGCCUAGGAGAUGAUUUUCUUUGCUGUUUUGCAGUUUACAUUUUCUUAAUUUUAUUCAACCAGGUGCCUCAUGUUUACCUUC